AUCCGAUCAUUGUCUAUCUAUAUCAUCUAUAAUCAAGGGAUUAAAGAAGUUGGAAAGUCAACGACCGUCAAGUUACUGUUAAAACGACCUAAAAAUCAUGUGAUUGGGUAAAAACUAGUGCCAAACCGUUAUUUUCAAUGAUCUAAAGUAUCCUAGGAAUUCAAGAGAUCAUGAAAAAGUCCACAGCAUUUAAAGAUUCGAGUUUAUUUUGAAAACAGAUGUGAUCAAUGAGUGCCUAUGGAUAGUACAAUGAUUAGUGACAAUGGAAAAUGAAUGAGGAAAAAGUUAAUAGAAAGAUGCACGAAUUAUUUAUGCAAGUACUGAAAAACAGAGACUUGUCUAGAGCUGGAGAUUUGUUUUCUGUACCAGAUUCUGUGAUUGUUAAUGAUCUUACUAAUGUGAUUAAAGAAAUUACAGGUUUGGCCUCCUUACCAGACUAUGUUAACAAUGAUAAUGAUCAAAGUGUCGUAGAAAUCUGUAUAACCAGGGUAACAUCAUGCAUUCGAGAAACAGGCAGUAUCGAGCAGCAUUGUGAUGCCCUGGUAAACCUUUUAGAAUCAUGUUUGCAUCACAAUUUACAGGUAUCUAUUAGAGAUGAAGAUCCUCCACAUGCUAAGAUCUCAAGUGAUAUUAUUUCUUGUAUAUUUAAGAAUUACAGCAAGAAAUCUGUUAUGCAAAGAGCACUACCUGUUGCGGUCAAAUUCUUACAUAAAGGCAAUAAGGAACUGUCUCGAAAUAUGGCAUCUUAUUUAUCACUAGCAGCAAUGGAACAUGCAAGCUUACUUACACCUCAUGUACAACCUAUUAUGGAUUCAAUUAUCUCAGGCAACUAUCCGUUAUGCCGUGUUUUGCCCAACAUUUAUGAAGUUUCUCCUGAUCCAUUCCAAGGUCAUGCAAUGGCUUUGGUUUCACUCUUACCCCACUGUGACAACCAGGAAAAGUUGGCCUUGUUAAAUUUAUUCUCAUUAAUGGCUAAAGAUAAACCAUCACUCCUGGAAGCCAGCGUACCACAGUUAUGUGAGUACUUAUCUAGUUCAGUUACUGCUGCUCCAACCCUGCAGAUAUUUUUACAUAUGGCUGAAAAACAACCUGCUUUAUUGGCAGAUCAUGUUGUUUCGAUGAAACAGGCAGCCCAAAGACAUCCGCAAACUGUUUGUUUGGCAGCUCAAGUUAUGGGGGCUAUUGGAAAACUGAGCAAGGAUAGGGCUCAAGAUGCUUUAAAUUUUGUUUUGGAAUAUCUUCCAAAAGCAGAUAGAGGAUCUCAGAAUGCUUUAUUAAGAGAAGCUACUUUAUUGUGCAGUUCCUAUCCAAUAUUAUUUACGGAAAAAGUCCUGGCCGGAGUUAGACAAAGACAUCACACUAGUACAAAUCAACUAACUCAGAGUCAAGUGACAUCUGGUGGUGUGACAAUUGUGAAAGUUGGAGGAAUGUCUGGAACUGAGAAAAAUAUGUCUCAAAGCACUGGAUAUACCAGAAGAGCUAAAUUAGGGGAUUCUAGAAGUACAGGCAGAUUACAUACUGGACAAAAUUCCAACACUCAUCGAAGCAUGACUAGACUUAAUGUUGCAGGAGGCUCUGUUGGAGGUCUUCAUAAAAGCAUGACAAAAUUGAGUACCUCAAGAGAAAUUAAUAACGUUCCAUUAUCACAAUAUCCGUUACCUUCUUCCCCUGUUAUUGUUGCCAACAACAACAUGAAAUGGACCGGUUCAAAUGUAAGAGUCGCCAGUGGAGGGGUGACGGUCACUACAAUAUCUCCUCCGCGCAUACAGAGACCGUUAAGCCAAGGUCCAUUGACACUUCUGACAAAUCAAAUUUCUAGUAUAACACCAACUCUCUCGCCGCCGCCUAUGUCUAACAAUAAUUUGGUGACGGUCAGUUCUGGAUAUACAGGUCCUAUCGUGAGUAGUAACCAAGUGAAUAUUUUAACUACGGGAACAAGUUCAGUCACGCAGAAUAUCUCUGUAAUUCCCAGCAGUCCGCCGCCUGAGAUGCUUAACUCGUCGUUUAAUGCGGUCAAUGGUCCUUCUUCCAUGGGAAGUGGAAAUGUCAAUGUCACCGGCCCUACAACUGUGAUCUCUAGAAGAAAUAAUAACAAUAACACUAGCGUAACCCUCAUCAAUCAAAAUUCAAUUGCCAAUCAAAGAAUGAGCGUUUUUGAACCUUAUCCAAUGAGAGACACUAUACAGCAUUUUUGUGAGAAACAUUUAGACAAAAUUAAAUUAUACAUGGCAAAAGUAUCUCUGAGGAUUCCUUCUCCGGCUAAAUGUACAAUCGAGGAGAGGCGUCAGAAAAAGUCGGCAAAGUUACAUUUCGCGUGUCAGGCUAGAGGGCAGCACUGUUUAUACUCAAAAACUUAUUUUACCAUGCGCACUAGGAACCCGCGCGUUUGGAUCCAUCUAAUGUUUAUUUCAUUGCAAGCGAGACAUUCCCAUGCUUUAAGUUCCAGAGAUACUCAAGUAGCAAGUUUAAAACAUUGCUGGGACAUUUUGAAAGCGGAAAAUAAGACGUUCUUGACUCUGGUAACCAGCGCGUUUCCUUGUUCAAAAGAUCAGGAAAUUAUUCUUAACGAAUUAAGACACGCAGGAUACUUUGAUGUAUUUCAAGUGUGUCCGCCUAACAUUGGAGGGUCAAUUGACCAACUGGAAGGUAGCGGAGUCCUCAGCACUAUAGGCGGAGUAAAAUGGUGCUGCUUUUUGUGUGCCCACCCUGAAAGAGCUGUAGGUUUUUUGAAAGGAGACACUCAACCUGUAAUAGAGGGCCAGUUAAAGGAAAAGAAAGGAAAAUGGAGGUUGUUUAGACGCUGGCGAACAAGAUAUUUUACUUUAUCUGGUGCUCACUUAUCUUGUAAAGGAUCGAGCGGGGGUGAAUCUAUCGAUAUCCAUCAAAUUCGAUCGGUGCGUGUGUCGAGGGGUUCCCGCAACAUACCCAAAGCGUUCGAGAUCUUCACCGAGAACCAAACGUUAAUUUUGAAACCUAGCGACGGGAAAAACGCCGAAGAAUGGGUGCAGUGUCUUAGUAUAGUCGUGGCACAUUCCAGAGAAGCCGGUGGCCAGGCGAGCAACGAAAAUAACAGGGCAAAGAGCAACAGUCUAUCUGCUAGAGGCUUAGGAGGUAGCAGGGGGCAUAUUUGACGCAAGGAGGUAUUUGACGAAUAGAGUAAAUCAUUUAAAUUAGAUUAAAUAUAGAAAAGAUACAGAGGAUAUCAGGCUUAAAACGUCCGCAAGGAGUUUUAGGCCAUUGGAAGGGAUCUACAAAAUAAGGAGAUUGUGUCUUUUUACCAAUUUAAAUAAAUUUGCCUAAAAAUGCUUUGGCUCACCUCUAUAACUUUUUACCUUUUCAGAUAAAAAACAAAAGUUGACAUGAUAUGUCAUUCUAUUCA